AAUUUGUAUGUAUCUUAUGUAUGUGUUACAUUGUUAGGAUGAUUAUCCAUUGUUUCUGGAGAACGUACCUUGGUAGAUGAGUUGUAAUAUUUUCCAGUAUUACAAGAAAUUGUAAAUACAAAAUAUGACUAUUCACAAAAUAUAGGUAAGGGAGGUAAGGGAAAUGAAUUAUCGAAAUUUUGGUGGAGACACAGCACAACCCCUCUAACCUAUGAUUUAGUAUAAAGAAUUGAAUGCACAUACCUAAUUAUUGGACUUUAGUAAGUUUUCUUGAAAACCUCGUGGUACAAUUAUAAACGGUGAAUAUAUAAUUAAUACAUGUAUAUUUAUAUUUCAUAAUUAAAAUCAGUUUAUGGGGUAUACAUAAAUUAGAAGUUGGGCUUCUGACUUAUAUAAGGUAGGUACAGUCUUCUACCCUCAUUUGCUAUGGGAAAAGGAAGAAUCUUUACCCUAUUUUCAGACUUUUUUUUUUCAUUAUUAUUAUUAUUUUCUUUGUACACACGAUGAAGGUGAAACAGCAACAAUUUGUGUAAGCCUAAUCAUUUUGAAGAAUUAAAUAAUGGUGAAGAGGUUUCUGUACAAUCAGUAACUUUUUAGCUUUUCUUUUUCUCUGCUACAAUUAAAUAAAUGCUCUAAACUGCAAAAGUUUCAUCCUUUCUCUCUCUCUCUCUCUCUCCCUCUCACACACACACAUCCUUACAAAAGCUCUUCCAUGGAGUUUGGGGCACACUGCUACUGCUACUCUGUUUAACGCUCUCCUCUAUUAUUGGUCCCAUCUCAACAUCAUUACCGGAAUACCACUGUUCUACUUCUACUAUAUACCUUGCCCAAAAACGGUAUUCCCCCAUGGGAUGGGAUGGGAUGGAGAACUACAAGUUUUGGGAUUGACUUUAAUGGAGGUGGGUUUGUGUAAUGGGCUGUAGGUUGUGUCUAGAACUAGUGAUUAUUCUUUAAUAGGCCUAAUAUUUAGCUUUUAUUUUAUGCUGAAGUUUCUAAGAGGUAUAAAUCUUUCAAAUAGAUUACAAGAACUGAAGCUAAUUUGGUUUAUAGUUUGAAUUUGGUGUUUCUAAAAUUUGUUGGAAGUUUGUUGUUCUGUUGCUUGUAAUGGAGCCUUGGAACUUUGUGUCAACUGAGAAGGGGUUGGCAUCUGAGGAAACCAUUUCGCCUUUUAAUUCCUUUGCUAGAAGUAAAAAUGUACUUAUGGGUUGGGAGUUUAAGACCCCAUGCACUUAUGGUAAUAAUUUGUUAUUGUCAUGUCAACAAGGAAUUGAGAAUCAAGGUUUCGGAGAAUACAUACAAAUGAUGGGGAAACAGGUAUCCAAUAAUUCUAUUGGUGAUGUUUUAAGUGAUCCUAAGGUUUGUGGUGGAAAGCUUAAUGAUCCAGCGAUGGCAGUUGCAUUUUCUGGAGAAGAUGAGUCCAGCUCAAGGAUUUCAAGCUCUAUUUUGGAUUCUGGUAGUUGGGACCCUUCACUCAUUGAUUUGAAACUGGGACAUGUUGGCGAUCCCAGAGACACCAGUAAAUCAAAACUUUCUAUGGGAGUAGUGGCCGGAUUGUCUUCAUCAGAGUCAUCUACACCUCCGAAACGAUUACGGCUCUCAGCAGCGAACCCCCAGAAUGGCCUCUGCCAAGUUUAUGGCUGCAACAAAAACCUUAGCUCUUCCAAAGACUACCAUAAGAGGCAUAAAGUUUGUGAGCUUCAUUCCAAAACUGCUAAAGUAAUUGUGAAUGGUAUAGAACAGAGGUUUUGUCAGCAAUGUAGCAGAUUCCAUUUGCUGGCUGAAUUUGAUGAUGGCAAGCGCAGCUGUCGUAAACGUCUUGCAGGACAUAAUGAACGUCGGAGGAAGCCUCAAGUGGGUAUUCACUCUAGUAGAGCUGGGAGAAUGCUUCAGUCAUACAAUGCAUUCUUUGCAGAUAGCAGUCUUCAGGGGACUGCUUCUUUCAUAUGCCAGGACAUACUACCAAGUGGUUUUUACAGUCCUCAGAAAUAUGGAACAAUCGACUGGACUCGGCGUAUAAAAGCUGAAGAUGGGUCUGAUUUAAGGCUUCUUUCAACUACUCCGGUACCAGGUACAAAUGUCCAUCUCAGCUCAAAAUCGCUCUUUCCUCAAGAUUCUGGAAAGCAAUUCCCUUCUUUUCAUGCAAGCGGAGCCAAUGUUGUAACAACAAAUGUUUUCAGCAAGAACAACAUUCAAUAUCCACAUGACCUGGGAGGUCCAAACUCCGGUUCUCGUCCUUUCUUCCACAAGAAUAUCUUAGGAUGUGGAGACUUCAAUACUUUUAAUACAGGUACAACCAUUCAGGGGUUCUCAGGGACUUCAGACUCUGGUUGUGCUCUCUCUCUUCUGUCAUCUCAAUUUCAGAGCUCUUCAAACCACUUCUCUGGAAGUUCCGUGGUUCGUCCUCUAGUGAAGCCUGAGAGCCAUGCAUGCUAUAACAUGGAUCAAGUCUCAGAAAAACUUGUGGGAGAAUCAUCAAGUUGUGUCUCAAAUAGGCUCCUAUCUCCGGGAACAAAUUCUAUGAGUAGGAGCCACAUGACUUCCAUUAUGAUAUCUGAUGGUGGGGACAAUGUUAACUUUGAAAAUGGGAUGUUCCAAGGAUCUGAUUUUCCGAACUCCAAGUAUCGUAUUUCCUGUGCACACAGCCUCACAAUCAACUUGCUUCAGUUAUCGUCACAGCUUCAGCGAGUAGAAGAUCAAAGGCAAUCCAUGCAGGUGAAGCGGAAAGAUGAUGCAUUUUAGGGCUUUGAAAUUACAUGAUGUGCUCUUAUACAAGGAUAUUCAUCUUCCCAAUCAAAUGGCUCUUAAUUUUGCUACUUUAAACACUUUAACUUGGGUUCUUCAAUGCGAAUCAUCUGCAAGAAGAUGGAAUUCCGUAGCUGUAAUAAUUAAUUCCAGUCAUCUUAUUAGUAAAAAGAAGCAUUGAUGUGAAUUAGAUUCACCUUGAACUUGCUGUUAUAAUUAAUACAACUCAUAAGAUUCACGAUUUCGAACA